UGGGUCACAAGAUCAUGUGACCAUUAUUCAGUCAAAAUGGCUGACGUCUCAGACUUAGAAAAGAAAAUGAAGACAGAAGAACCAGAUGAUGAUGAUGAUGAUGAUGAUGACGAAGAUGAUGAUGAUAAUUCAGACGAUUCACAUGAAAUUGAACCAAAGUUAAAGUAUGAAAGAAUAUCUAAUGAUGUUAAUAAUAUCCUAAGUAAAGAUGCAGCUAGUUGUUUGGCUGUUCAUCCCAAGUUUUUAGCUCUGGGAACACAUUGGGGUAUGAUACAUAUAUUAGAUCAUAUUGGUAAUAAUAUUAGAGGAAAAGAAAUACAAGCUCAUUCAACUACAAUAAACCAGAUCAGUAUUGAUGAUAAUGGAGAUUUUAUAGCCAGUUGUUCUGAUGACGGACGAGUGUCAAUCACAGGUUUAUAUACAACAGAAAACAACCAAUCAGUGACAUUAGAUAGGCCGGUAAAAGCUGUAGCAUUAGAUCCUUAUUUCUUUAAAUCCGGGAAAGGCAGACAUUAUGUUACUGGUGAUGAAAAGUUAAUACUGAAUGAAAAAGGUUUUUUAAAUCGUCAUAAAACAUACGUACUUCAUCAAGGAGAAGGAGCCAUCCGUAAUAUCAAAUGGAAAUCUGACUUCAUAGCAUGGUCAAAUGAAAAUGGUGUAAAGGUGUAUGAUAUGAGUACAAAAUCUAGAAUAACACAUAUUACUAAAGAUCACAGUUAUCGACCAGAGAUGUUUGGAUGUCAUUUAUUUUGGAAAGAUAACCGAACUCUGUUGAUCGGAUGGGGAGACAGGGUCAAGAUUUGUGUUGUACGAGAUCAAGUUAAAAAAGAUGCCAGAGAAUUACCUACAAGAUAUGUUGAAAUAGUUUCGAUGUUUACAACUGAAUUCUUCAUAUGCGGUAUAGCACCAUUAGAAGAUAAUAUUAUAGUUUUAUCUUAUGAAAAGGAUGGACAGCAGGAGACUGGUCGUUUGGUAGCAAGUAGACCUCAUCUACAGGUUUUGGAACCACAUAUGGAUUAUUUUGAGGAAAUAUCAAAUGAUGCCCUAUCUAUUCGGGGUUUUGAGGAGUAUAGAUGUAAUGAUUAUCACUUAGAAUGUAUUCCAGAAGAAAAUUUAUUUUAUAUAUUGAGUCCUAAAGAUAUAGUUGUAUCUAAACUACGUGAUUUAGAUGAUAAUAUUACAUGGUUAUUGGAUCAUGAAAUGUUUGAGGAGGCCAUGGCAGCAGCUACACAACAUGAAAAAGAAUUAAAAAAACAUACUUAUGAAGCUAUAGGUCAAGAUUAUUUACAUUAUUUAUUAGAAGAAGAACAAUUUGAUGAUGCUGGAUUACUUUGUGUUAAAAUACUUGGCAAGAAGAAAGAUUUAUGGGAAGAACAAGUUUAUAAAUUUUCUCAAAUCAAACAAUUAAAGGCUAUCGCACCAUAUCUACCCAGGGGUGAUCCAAAACUAAGUCCAGCUAUAUAUGAAAUGGUACUUAAUGAAUUUUUAAUGAGUGAUUAUGAAGUGUUUUAUAAAAUGAUAAAAGAAUGGCCUCAAGAUCUAUAUAAUCUACAGACUAUAGAGAAUGCUGUAUUAACACGCUUAGAUAGAGAUAAGAAUAAUAAACUACUAUUACAGUGUAUGGGACAGUUAUAUGCUUAUGAAAGAGCAUUUGAUAAAGCCUUAUCUAUAUAUCUUAAGUUACAACAUAAAGAUGUGUUUCAACUGAUCAAAAAACACAAUCUGUUUGAUUCUAUUAAUGACAAGAUUGUCCAGUUGAUGCAGUUUGAUGAGGAGCAAGCAGUUAAAAUGUUACUGGAUAAUAUGGACAAAAUACCAGUAACCAAAGUAGUCCAUCAGUUAGAUAUGUCUCCUAAAUUUCUUUAUGUGUAUUUAGAUCACUUAAUACAGAAAGAUAAUCAAGUAUCCCAGGAAUAUCAUGGUCGUAUGGUUAAACUUUAUGCUGAAUUCGCUCAACCUAAAUUACUGCCAUUUUUACGUAGCAGUCAGUCGUAUCCACUACAGAUGGCGAUGGAUGAAUGUCAGGCUAGAGAUUUGGUAAAGGAACAGGUGUUUUUAUUAGGUCGUAUGGGUAAUAUAAAACAAGCUUUACAGUUAAUAAUGGAGAGAAUGCAUGAUGUUAAUCACGCUAUAGAAUUCUGUAAAGAACAACUGGAUGAUGAAUUAUGGGAAGAUUUACUCAAUUUCUCGAUGGGAAAACCUACAUUUAUAACGGCUUUACUACAGAAUGUAGGAGCGCAUAUUGAUCCUAUAAAAGUUAUAGAUAGAAUCAAGAAAGGCAUGGAGAUACCAGAAUUACGAGAUUCAUUAGUUAAAAUUCUACAAGAUUAUAACUUACAAAUAUCUUUACGAGAAGGCUGUAAGAAGAUUCUAGUGGCUGAUAGUUUUAAUUUAAUGGAGAGAUUGGUCAAUACACAGAGAAAGGGUGUUUUUGUUGAUGAACCCACUGUAUGUCCGAUAUGUCAUCAGAAUUUAACAGUUAAUGAUUUAAGAUAUGCAAGUAAUCUAGUUGUAUUUUAUUGCCAUCACGCAUUCCAUGAAGAUUGUUUACCACCUACAGUUACAAACUGUACUAUUUGUAGUACACAGAAACGAGGCCCAGGUUCUAAAGAACAUUUUAUGAAGUAAAGACGAGAGAUUAUUGUUAUCUGGUAACAGACGUGCAUCAUUCACCAUUUUAUAAAGUCUUACAUCCUUCCUAAUAAAUAUCUUAUUUAUUUUAUGAUCAGUAGUGGAAUACCGCGUUUUAUCAGUGAAAUAAAAGUGUUAUUCCACUGGCUAGCAGUGAAAUAAAACUUGUUAUUUCACUGGCCGUCGGGACUACUUUUUUUCUGGAGUUACACGUUUUAGUGACAAAAUUAUGAAAACAAUAUGGCCGACACGCCGACUUGUCGAUCGUUACAUUCUCAAAGGUAUUCAUACACCAGAAGCAGAUAAAGAUGUAAAGCGGUCUAACCCCCCACGUUGUCAAAGCAGACAAAGUAGUCCAUGUUGUUUUUACCUAAAAUGAUUGUAAAAUCAUAAAAUAAAUAGAACAUUUGUCGUUUUGUCGUAAAUAACAUAUUUUAUUUCAUCUCGAAGCAAGAAAACGUUUAUAUUUUCACUCAUGCUACGAAUUCGUGAAAAUAUAAGUUAUCUUGCUUCUCGAUGAAAUAAAAUAUGUUAUUCACUCUAAAACGACAAAUAUCCUCUAUUUAACGAACAUAAGUUAUUGCUUUAAUUCUCCUUCUGUAAACUUCUAACUUAAACUCUGCCUUUAAGCAUAGAAACGCUGUUAACUAUAUUAUUUUAUACUUAACACAGUUUUUAUGGGAGAUCAAUCAAUUGUUCUAUUCUAAAAGCACUGAUAACGACAAGAGGAAACAUGUUGAAAUGUCAUGCUUUUAGAAUAAAGCCAGUGAGUGAUAUCCCAUAAAAAUUGUGUUCUGUUUAAUGCGUUCCUCAAUCACUAUGUCACUUAAAGAUUAUAUUGUUCUGCAAUUGCACUAGAACUUAUAUUGACAAUUAUUGUUUAUCCAUAUUGAGAAGAAGUGGAUAAUUUAUAUAAUGGCUAUUUUUGUUAUUUAUAAGAUUGUAUAUUGGCUAUUAUUAUUAUAUUGUUUUAGCCGUGUAUAUAAAUAUAAUUUCUACACAU